UAUUCCCUCAAAUCACAACCCCCAAUUCUUCCCCCUCCACCCACCCAGCAUAUCUCUCUAUUCCUAUUUAUUAGCACCCCUCACAUUACCUUGUGUCACCAACUACUUUGACUCCUUUACCAUACCAUUACAAUAAUUAUCAAACCUAACCAGUAAAAAUGGUGACCGUGGAGGAAAUCCGCAACGCUCAGCGUUCCCAUGGACCCGCCACCAUCUUGGCCUUCGGCACCGCCACGCCGUCCAACUGCGUCUCCCAAGCCGAUUACCCUGACUACUACUUCCGCAUUACCAACAGCGAACACAUGACUGAUCUCAAAGAAAAGUUCAAGCGCAUGUGUGAAAAGUCCAUGAUAAAGAAGCGAUACAUGCACCUGACGGAGGAGUUUCUGAAAGAGAACCCGAACAUGUGCGAGUACAUGGCGCCAUCGCUGGACGUGAGACAAGACGUAGUGGUGAUGGAGGUGCCGAAGCUGGGAAAACAAGCCGCAACGAAAGCGAUUAAGGAGUGGGGUCAACCAAAGUCAAAGAUCACACACCUUGUGUUCUGCACCACUUCAGGCGUGGACAUGCCCGGAGCAGAUUACCAGCUCACGAAGCUUCUCGGCCUGAGGCCCUCCGUGAAGCGCCUCAUGAUGUAUCAGCAGGGCUGCUUCGCCGGCGGCACCGUACUCCGCCUCGCGAAGGACCUCGCCGAGAACAACAAGGGUGCGAGGGUGCUCGUUGUCUGCUCCGAGAUAACCGCCGUGACGUUCCGCGGCCCCUCGGACACGCACCUCGACUCGCUCGUGGGACAGGCACUGUUCGGAGACGGCGCCGCAGCGUUGAUCAUCGGAUCAGACCCCGACCCAGCAGUGGAGCGGCCGAUAUUCGAGAUGAUAUCGGCCGCCCAGACAAUCCUGCCCGACUCUGACGGUGCUAUAGAUGGGCACCUUCGGGAGGUGGGACUCACGUUCCACCUCUUGAAAGAUGUGCCCGGGAUCAUCUCGAAGAACAUUGAGAAGAGUCUUGUUGAAGCUUUUGAGCCCGUCGGGAUCAGCGACUGGAACUCUAUCUUCUGGAUCGCACAUCCCGGUGGUCCCGCGAUCCUCGAUCAAGUCGAGGAGAAGCUCCGGCUCAAGCCGGAGAAACUCCAGUCCACCCGGCAUGUGCUGAGUGAGUACGGAAACAUGUCAAGCGCGUGUGUUUUGUUCAUUCUGGAUGAAAUGAGGAAGAAGUCUAAGGAGGAAGGGAAGAGUACCACUGGAGAAGGGUUAGAGUGGGGGGUGCUAUUCGGAUUCGGGCCGGGUCUAACCGUUGAGACCGUUGUUCUUCACAGUGUUCCCUUGGAGGGAUAAAUCAUGCUGAUGCGGUGACUAGUGAUUUAAGAGUGAUCAAUAAGGAACCCUCGGAAAUACCAGGGAAAGUUUGUUAUUAUUACUAGUUUCACUUGUGGAUUUAUCGUAGCAUAAUGUUGUACAAGAAUAAUUUAAUAUGAACAAGAUCGUGUGUUUGUUAUUGAAUUUUUCAAAGUUAUAUAGUCCGUACUUAUUCGGCAUUGCA